CGAGCGGGCCGCGUUCCGGCUUCAGUGCGGAUUCUGGCUUCUAAGAUCCGCCGCUUCCCGCGCGCACCCCGCCGGGUCCCAGGCAUGGGCUUUCCGCGGCCGACCCCUCUGCUCCUGGGGCUGCUCCUUCUGCAGGGCGUCCCGAGGCCGCUGCAGGGGGACCUCGUUUUCGUCCCUCCCUUCAUCCACAUGUCUGGUCCUGAGGUCAGCGCGGCCUUGGUGGGAGGAACGGAGGAUGUGAAGGUGUCCCUGGCGGUGCUGCACAGUGAGAAGGGGUCUAGCCUAGAGGUUCUCACCUUAAGGCACUCUUCGAGUCUCUUUGAAAGCACAGCAAUGUUUCCCUUGCAGGAUGCCUUGGUAGUGACGGUGAGGCUGCAGGGGGAUCAGCAGCGGUGUUCCUCGAAUGAGACAGAUCUCUUCUUAGCAUCCCCAUGUAUUGUCCAAACCCUUCUGGUGUCAGCAUAUCAUGGUUCCUCCUGCUUAGCACAUCUACUCAUCCAAGUGGAAAUUUAUGCCAGCACUGUUCUGGCUCAGAAUGCAUCAGAGAACACGACUGUCAUCCCCAACCAGGUGUAUCAGCCCCUGGGGCCGUGUCCCUGCAAUCUGACAGCCGGGGCCUGUGACGUGCGCUGCUGCUGUGACCAGGAAUGCUUGCCUGCUGUGCGAGAGCUCUUCAGAGACUCCUGUUUCACUGGUGUUUUUGGAGGUGACGUGGACCCCCCAUUUGAUCAGCUCUGCUCUGCGGAGCCCCUGGCACACGGAAGGCCUGAUUGGUUUUCCUUGCUGUGUGUGAUGUCCCCCCCCGCCAACUCGCCCUUCCUGGGACACUUCUACCAUGGGGCCACUUCCUCUAGCCAGCCCUCUGCUCUGGGGAUGUACGUGUCCACGGACCCAAAGAGCGUUUCUGGCUUUGGAUACAAGCAAGGGGACCCCAUCAGGACCGUGGAGGCACAUUUCACUGUCCCACAGGUUUCCCUGGGCGGGCAGUGCGUGCAGGAUGCCCCUGUGGCCUUCCUCCACAACCUUGAUGUUCAAUGCUUUACGUACUUGGAAGCCUACAAAGAAAAAGACGGGAUUGAUGAUGUGAUCAACGGUGCCACAGGCCACUCGGGAGGCAAUGUCAUACCCGAUGUCACCUACGAGAAAGCAGCUGACCUGAAUAAAUACAUCACCAGUGCAGAAACACUGUUAAAUGUUGGACCGAUCCCCAAAAUUGUGAAUGUGGAAGAACAUUAUAUUUUCAGGUGGAAUAAUAAUACAAUCACUGAAAUAAACGUCAGAAUUAUCCAGGCAGCCGUCAGUGCCCAGCAAAAAGGAAUCAUGGCACAGAGAUUCACGGUCAGGUUUUUAAGCUACAACAGUGGUGAUGAAAAAGAAUCAUCUGGAAAUCCAGGUUACCAGCUUGGCAAGCCCGUCCGAGCUGUAAAUGCCCUUGGGAUGAAGAACGUCACGACUUUAAACCUUUGGCAAGCAGCUGGAAGGGGUCUGUGUGCAGCUGCAGCCUUCAAGCCGGUGGGGUUUGGUGAGAACGCCAUCUCUGGGUGCCUUUUGGAAGUUGGGGUGAAUGAAAACUGCACUCAGCUCAGGGAGAAGGCUGUGGAACACCUGGAGUCAUUAAUAGAAGCAACACAUGUUGCAAUGAGAGGCAACUCUGACUAUAGCGACCUCAGCACCGGCUGGCUGGAGAUACUGCGUGCAGAGGCCCCUGAUCCCGGCGCAGGCCCGGCUGCUGGUGACUUCGGUGGCAUCUGCCCCGACAUCCCUGCUCAGCUGACCAUCCGCAUCCUCUUCUCGGACACAGGCGCCGUGGAGGGGGUUACUCAACAGGAGAUCCUUAGUGUGGAGACCAGGUUCUCCUCGGCGAGCUGGCAGUUCCAGUGUGGGCUCACCUGUGAGGAUACGGCUGAUUUCUUCCCACUCAGUGCCUCGGUCCAGUUCAUCAAAAUACCAGCACAGUUACCCCGUCCUCUUACAAGGUUCCAGAUCAACUUCACAGAAUACGACUGUGACAGAAACGAGGUGUGCUGGCAGCAACUUCUCUAUCCACUGACCCACUAUUACCAAGGGGAACCUUCACCUCAAUGUGUCGCCAAGGGCUCACUCUUAGCAUCCUUCUUUAUAUUGGCCAUGCUCCUCAGUCACCCCUGGACCAGAAUGUGCAAGGUUUGGAAUCCAGCUACCCUCUGAUCACUCCAGGCCAUUGAUUGAACUCCAGGACUCCGGUGCACCCCUAUGUGCCUCUAUGUAAAACUGUAAUAAAUGACAUG